AUGGAAAAAGGGUUUCUUGAUAAGGUGGAAGAUAAUCUGUUGUCAAACUUGAAUAACCUACAGGAACUAAAGGAAAUUUGGGACCGGUGGAAUGAUGAGAUCAAGCAGCUCUUCUAUUCUAGCUAUGGAGACCUACCUUACUUGCUCGACGUAAAGGUGGAUAAGCACCUGUUCCGUGCUUUAGCCCAAUUUUGGAACCCUGCUUAUAGCUGUUUCACCUUUGGAAGUGUUGAUUUAGUGCUUACAGUGGAGGAAUAUACGGCAUUGCUUCAUUGUUCGAAGAUCCAAGUAGAUAAAGCCUACUCGAGAGCUGCUAAUGCUCUAGCCUUUUCGAAGAAACUAAUGAAUAUUACGGGGAUGAGUGAGCAAUGGGUCACAGCACGAAUUAAACAGAAGGGAGAUAGUAAAUGCAUUCCUUGGAGGAACCUAAAAGAUUUAAUUCUUGCACACCCGGAUAUGAGGAAGAAGGUUGAUGUCUUUGCCUUGGGUAUUUACGGCUUAGUUGUCUUUCCUAAAGCCUUGGGACAUAUUGAUGAAGCAGUCAUUGACCUUUUUGACCGUUUUGACAAGGGGGUUACACCGGUUCCAACAAUUUUGGUAGAAACCUUCAGAUCUCUGAAUGAAUGUCGAAGAGUAGGUGAGGGUAGAUUCAUGGGAUGCACGCAGCUUCUUUUAGCAUGGUUUCGCAGUCACUUUUGGAAGGUGGAUAAGGUCUCCUAUCGGGUUUUUUCUGAAAAUUAUUCACCCUUGAAGGAAAUAGUGGCAUUACCGAGGCAGGAUGAUAUUUCAGAGGAAAAAUGGAUGGAAACUUUUCAGAAUCUUCAAGAAGGGGAUGUUGAGUGGAGAGCUCCUUGGAUGCUGUCAGAUGAGAUCUUAUAUAGGUGUAGAAAUUUUGAUUGGGUUCCCCUACUUGGGAUUUAG